UUUAAAACAGAGUCGUAGUUGAGAAAUUGUUAGUUAAGAAAAUGCAUCUUCAAAUUCUUUUAAACAUUGUGCUAUGUGUUUCUCUCGGUUUUGCCGAGUUUCCUAUAACAAUUAUGACAAAUGCAGGGGAUUUAAUAACGGGAGAGUUGGAAUAUGUAAUGAUUGAUGGCAAAAAUAAAUUGAUGUCUAGAUACUUAGGAAUCCCGUAUGCAGAGCCUAUUGUCGGGACAAACAGAUUCAUGAAACCUAAACCGAAGCAGCCGCUUGGAAGGUUUGAUUCAAGACGUACUCCAAUGGCAUGUUUUCAACAAACUGGUCACGAGAUGGAAAUAUUAAAAAACAAGUACGGAAUACCAAGAUUUACAGAAGAUUGCCUUACAUUAAAUAUAUACUCGCCGUACCAGCUAAGUACAAGUUAUUUACUUCCAGUAAUGGUUUGGAUCCAUGGUGGGGGAUUCAGACAGGGCGCAGCCUCCAUGUAUAGUCCUGAGGGUUUAGCACUAUACGGAAACGUUGUUGUUGUUACUAUAAAUUACAGAGUCGGUAUGUUUGGAUUUUUGCGCGACAGUAACGGGACUGUUCCAGGAAAUCAAGGACUUUGGGACCAACAUCUCGCUUUGAAAUGGAUACAGAAUAAUAUCGAUAGAUUCCAUGGUGAUAAGAAUGACGUUACCUUAUUCGGACAAUCAGCAGGUGGUUCUUCGGCUCUUUUACAAGCCUUGUAUCCAGGAAACAAAGGGUAUUUUAGGCGAGUUAUUGCGGAAAGUGGAACUCCAUUGGCCCCAUGGGCUAUAAAAGACAUAGCAUCCGCCGAAAAAUAUCUAAAUGACAUAGAUUGUCCACCUAAUACAAACGAAACUUUACCAUGUUUGCAAAGCAAAAGCCCAAUGAUGCUUCUGUACAACAAAGCGAACCUAGGUCCUGUCAUAGACGGCGAAUUUCUGAUUGCGUCACCGGAGGAAAUACUGUUAGAACACUCACCACGGACUGCGCCUGCGCGAAAUAUGUUCGCAUCGGUCGAUAUCCUUCUUGGUUUCAACGAUAUGGACGGAGUCCUGUACUACAACACAUGGGCUUCGUUGCUAGGACAUAACUCGCUUGAUUUCAACGUAACAAAGAAGGAAUUUGAUGAGAAAAUAGUCCCUGAAUUUGUAAGGACUAAAUUUAGCUCGGCGUAUUCGAACGCUACACGAUAUGCUCUAACAGAAUUACUUACCUUUUUCUACACUUCAUGGAACAAUCCUAAAAAUUUACUAACAAUACGUAACACUCUUAUAGCAAUGUCUAAUGAUCCAAUGUUUCAUGUUCCGGCCUUCCAAGUUGCACAAGCUCACGCUAGUCUUCAACAAGGAAAUACGUACUUAUAUGAGUUUUCCGUACAUUCCGACAAACAUGCGUUGGCAGUUCCCCCUUGGCUAAAAGGUUCAUAUCAUGCCGAUGAAAUACCUUAUGUGUUUGGAUUUCCAAUUCGGUCAAACGCAUCAAUAUUUGGCCACAUGCUUUCAAAUUUUUCCAAAGAAGAAAAGCAAAUUUCGAGGACAACGAUGACGUUUUGGUCAAAUUUUGCAAAAACUGGAAAUCCAAACGUACCAGGAAAAGCCUCAUUAUUCUGGCCAGCGUUUAAUCUGACGUCACAGCAUUACUUUCAAAUAUCCAAUCAAAUGACGGAGGCGUCAGUAAAGGACAUGGCGCAGUUUCAUCCCAGACGAAUGGCGUUUUGGUCACAUCUGAUCCCACAUAUGAUAAAUUUACUGCAAAGUACCAUACAUGAAACAAAAGAGAUAUCACAAACUCAAAAUGAUACAUUUCAUUUAGAUUUAACGGUAGUUCCAAUCAAAUAGAACUCUUCAUAUCUAUAAACAGAUUCUCUGCCGGUUAUGUAUGAACAUUUCAACUUAUUUUUGACAACAACAUUACAAGCAAUUUUCUUCUCCUUCCAGAAUUUUAUGAAAAUUACUACUUUUCGACAUAGCCUCGCAACUCGUUUAAUAAAUUCAAUAUGAAAAGACA